AUGUUAAAUCUAUGCACAGGAUGUCUGUUAUUAAAUUGCGGAUUUAUGACAAUUACUUAUAUUGGCUUUUAUAGGGCAUGCAAAGCUCAAAAUAUCGACAGAAACUCUCUACCAUACGCUUCUUGGGGACAACCUUACUCCAUUUAUGUGGCAGCCUUCUUUAUAUGGAUAGUUGUCAUUAUCUUGGGAUACAGUGUAUUUAUCCCAGGCAUGUGGUCGAUGGAUAAUUUUUUAUUUUCGUAUGUAUUAAUAUUUAUUAAUGCUUCCAUCUACCUUUUUUGGAAAUUUUGCAAAAAAACAAAAUUUAUCAAGCCUAGUGAAGCAGACUUAAUUACUGGAAUUAAUAAAGAAAUUGAAGAGCAUGAAUAUAACUAUCAUUCACAAUAUGGACAUAACGAAGCAGCAAAUAACUGGAUUUAA